AUGGCACAGUCCUUUACUUUCCAGGAACUCGUCGACAUCUUGCAGGGCCACGAAUUGUCUGCGGCCUUCUCCUUCUUGCCUUCUAGUAGCUGGCAUAUGACUUUGUACGAGUGUGUCACCGAUCAGAUCCGCCAACGGAACUCCUAUCCUGGCGAUCUCGCACUCAAUACAUCGCUCAACGUCUGUCACGCACAUCUGGCAACAAGACUUGCCAACUUUGAGCACAGCCUCAACUCUGGCGUGGGACGCAUGACGGUCUAUGGCAACGAGCCCGUCCUGGACGGCUUGGGCCUGACUCUCCGACCAGAUGAAGGACGUGAUCCCAUCAUGCGGGACUUUCGGGACCGUCUCAGCGAGAUCCUUAAGAUGCGUCACCCCGGCCACGACACAUAUUCGUGGCAUAUGGCUCUGGCUUACACACUGCGACCACUCACUGCACAGGAAGAAGCUAGCAUACGAGAGUGCUUUCGGACUUGGCGGGAAGUGAUGACUAGGACCUUCGAGCUGGGCAAACCGGAAUUCUGUGUGUAUGAUGACAUGUGCGCGUUCAGACGGGUUUUCUACCUUGAAUGA